GGCUGUCAAAACUGUUUGUAUACGAUAGAAAGUCGAAGGUCGAUAUGACGUUAGAAAAUAAUCGCUUUUUGUUGUGAUUAUCUAUCUAUAAAAUAAUAAUUAAUAUUCGACGCAACUUUUAUUAAAUUACCUGUUAAUAUUAAUCGCUGGUCUACAUUAUUAUCUCAACAUUCGAUUUCCGAACAAAACAAACACUUUCACAUUAAUAAUUGAUUCGAUUGGGUGCAAAGAGCAAUUUAAAUUAUGGAAAAAUUCGUGGAUGUUUGUGGAGUGCCAACAAAAGUUAUAACAUGGGGCAAAUCGUUGGGCGAAACAUUUGAUAAAAAGGAAAUGAUUUUAUUUAUUCCCGGUAAUCCAGGCAUUUGCGGUUUUUACGUGACAUUUUUGACCACACUAUUUAAAUUACUACAAGGAAAUGUGCCAAUUUGGGCAAUUGGUCACCUUGGACACGAUGAGCCUGAGAAUACAGAGUUAAUUCCUCGGCUGCGAAACAAUAAACAUUUGUAUGAUUUAAAUGGACAAGUUGAUCAUAAAGUUCAAUUCAUACGGAACAAUAUUCCGCCUGAUGUGAAAAUCACCUUAAUUGGACAUUCAGUUGGCACUUAUAUUUCAUUGGAACUAUUGAAAAUUGACGACAUUGGCAAGCGAAUUCAACAUGGAUAUUUCCUCUUUCCAGCCUUUGAAUACAUGGCUGACACUCCGAACGGAAAGUUUUAUGCUGCAACCAUUCAAAAAUAUUUCCGCUUCUUUUACUAUUUGGUGGUAUUUCUAACGUUUUUGCCAUCAUUUUUGGUUCGCUUUUUUAUUGCAAUCUUCUAUUGGACGCGACCAGUUUAUUGCGAUAGUGAGUUGAUUACAAACACAUUGACAGUUAUACGGCCCAGUGUAUUGUCAAAAAUUGUGCAUCUGGCAAAUGAUGAAAUGGAAAAAGUGAAAGAACCAGACUAUGCGUUGAUUAAAGAGAAUAAAAAUCGAUUAAUGUUUUACUACAGUUUAACUGAUAAUUGGACGCCAGUUACUUACUAUGAACGCCUCAUCGGAAGUAUUGAAGGCCUAGAAGCACAAAUAAGUGAUAAACAUGAUCAUGCAUUUGUACUGAAGUCAUCGCAUGACAUGGCCGCACUUGUCGCUGAAUGGAUUCAAAAAAAUACUGUCUAAAUUUUCAAGCGGAUUUAAUAGUCGAAGUCAUUUCAACGAAACGAAAAAUCUUAACAACAAAUAAAAACAAUCAUUGCAACUAAA